AUGGAACAAAUAAAGAGGGCAAAUAAACUGUUCACCAAUGACUGUAUAUUUCUGAGGAAAACCCUGAAUAUUCCUGUUGUAUCAGAGAAACCAUUACUGUUCAAUGGACUUAAUUCACUGGAAUCUCCUGAGAAUGAAACUGUUGACAGCUCCCCUUCUUGUGAUGAAGGACUAGUGACAGUUCAGGAAGAAAGUAGUUCUUCUCCCAGUCCUCAAGAGCCUGACAAUCAGCCCACUGCCCCAGAAGAACUGUCUGCCAAAGAUUUCCUACAGAGGUUGGACUUGCAGAUUAAGUUAUCCAAACAAGCAGCCAGAAAACUAAAAGAUGACAAUGUCAGAGAGGAGGAGAAUGAGGAAGGUCCCUAUGCAACUUCUUCAUAUCACCAGUAGAAGACAGAUGUGAUGGCCUGAAAACUUUCCAUGAAAUCAGUUCUUAAAGAACUAAAUGGUCAAUAAUUCAAAACCCAAGUCUUUUGGACUCAUCUUGAUGUACUUAAACCAAGUCAUGAAUGGGUAAUUGCACUGAAAUUAUGACCUCUUCUGCCUUCUGUAGGUUAAUGUCCUUGCUCUAUAUCAACAAAGGGUUUAAGCCUUCCGAACUAGCAAUGGCCUUUAUACCCCUUCUGUGCAAACUGUAGCAUGGUAGCAACAAUAUAUCCUUGAGGUCACCUUUAUGCAGGAUGUUGAUCUUUAGUAAAGAUUUUUGUAAAUACUUGUUAAAGUGAAAUUUGUUUUAAGUAUUUAAAAAUAUUUAAUAAGUUGUAACUGAAACUAUGAAAAUAAUAGAAGUUUACUUAUCUACAAACAUAGGCAAGUUUGCUGUGGAAGUUUUGUCUACUUCAGGGCUGCAAGAACUUGCCUCUGAACUCUUUGUGUGUGUCUGUGUGUGGUUAUGAUGUAUUCCUAGAAAUGGGAAUUAGUUAAAGCCUUUAUGGUUGAACAACUAUUUGCAAAUUGGAUUUCUGCUAAUAAAAGGGAAGAGUUACAGCAGGAGAUUUUUCUUUUGUGAGAUACGACAUUGGAAUAUCAGAUGUUCUUGUGUGCAGUUAUAUUUUGUGUGGUUUUAAUUUAAUAAAUACAAAAA